AUGGCGACUUCUCCUGCAGGCCGCAUGCUGGGCCGCCAGCUGCAGCAGAUGCAGUCCGAUAAGGACAUUCCCGGGAUCAGUUGCGGUCUGGUCGAUAACAAUGUCUUUGAGUGGGAGGUUAUGCUCAUGAUUUCCGAUGAUGUUAAGUUAUAUGGAGGUGGUUUCUUCCGGGCUCGUCUUUCCUUCCCUACCGAAUACCCCCACCGCCCACCCAAGAUGAAGUUUGAGUCGCCCCUCUUCCAUCCCAACAUUUAUGAGAGUGGUGAAGUCUGCAUCUCCAUCCUGCACCCUCCUGAGGAGGACAAGUACGGUUACGAGUCGGCUGCCGAACGCUGGUCCCCAGUCCAAACCCCCGAAACCAUUCUCCUCUCUGUGAUUUCUAUGCUGUCCAGUCCCAAUGAUGAAAGCCCCGCCAAUGUGGAGGCUGCCCGCCUAUGGCGUGAGGACCCUGCGGAGUUCAAGAAACGCGUUCGUCGAUGCGUGCGUGACAGCUUGGAGGAGUAA